UGAAGGACGCGGAGAGAGGAGAGACUCAGCAGCACGCAGGAUCCUACCAGGAAUUUAACAGCAGAAGAAGAAGAAGACGAGCGUUUCCUCUUUAGUCUCUGUGUGUCGCUGACCAGGUGGAUAAAGAGGACGAACAGCAGCAGGAGAACUCGUCCGAUCCUCCUCAGCGUGGCUUCGACAUCCAUCAUCUCCCAGAAUGCCACAGGUGUGAGCCCGCCGCCCGCCCUCUGGACCGACCGGCACAUCUUCCUCUGAGGUGUCAUGGCAACUGCAUCCGUUCAAGGACGACCCCAGCUGCUGCGCUGAGGACAGCAGAAAAGGAUUCUGGGUGUUUUCUUUUUUUGUGGACUUUUUUUGAGCCACAGAGGAUUGUGGGAGUUUGGAUCCUGUUUGGGUUCCUGGACCUGCAGCCGCGGCACGGUGGAUGUAAUUUGAGAAAACGAGGCGCAGACGGACGAUUUGUUGGAGGUGAAGCAGGAUGUGUGCUGGCAGGAGGUGACCUGCUGCCAUGUAGCCGCAACAACCUGCACAACAAACUUUUCCUCUGAGCGCGGCCAUUUUUAACAAGCUGAGAGCUGCUGGAUGUACGACCACACACACACACACACACACACACACACACACACACGGAACAGAAAGAAAACACACGCACUGUGUGAGCUGAGCGAGGAGUUAUAAAGUGCUACCAGGUUAUUAUCGGCCCCGGCGCUUCCUAUUUUCGUCUUUAAUCUUUGUAUUCUGAGUAAUCAUCUUUUUAAUUAAUGGCGACGGCGGCGUGAAAUCUUCCCCUCGCCAUCCCUCACCUCCCUCCCUCCCUCCCCCCCUCCGCUCUCCUUCCCGCCGCCGUCAGAGACACCUGAAACCAAUUAGCGACAGCAGAUCUAGAUGGGGAUUAGACACGGGAAGAGCAGGAGAGAUUAGAUACAAACACAAAGAGGAGAAGAUCGAGGCAAAGAAAAGAAGAGGAAGGCGGGGCUAAGAAGUAUCCCGUCAAUCAUUCAGGGUGAUCGAUAGGAGGGAGGAGCAGUGGGCGGGGCAGCGGGGAGGACAUGGCGAGAUCAGGGCGGCAGCCGACGGCGAAGAUAACAACUGGUUGUGAGUCAGCAGGGAGAGUCGACUGCAGGAGCCCCGAGUCUUGACUGACAGGCGCUCCAGCCGCCCAGGACUCAUUGUCAUUCCCGGCACUGAGCCGGGGCGAGCGAGGGAGGGAAGCACAGAGAGAGAGAGAGAGAGAGGCUCUUGGCCGGGCGCCACAAUCGAGGCCAAUUAAGAGAAUUUGAUUAUAUGCCUUAAUCUUGGCAGUCAGGUGGAAAAAGCAGACAGGAAGAGAGAGAGGAGGCCGAGCAGGUGCCACCGAUACACACCAUUAUCUCCAUCCGUCUGUAAUUGAGUUUGUUUCUGCGCUCGUCCUGUGUUUUCUUCAUCUGGUCCACAAACCAGAUUCGUCUUUGUCAGGAAGGAGGAAAAAAAAAAAAAAAAAGAGGCUCUGACGUGGAUAAACGGAGAGCUUUCGGCCUCAGACGUUCAUUUUUUACCCUCCUGUUUAUCGACGACAAACAUUUAGCGUGUUUCCCUCUGCCUCCCCCCUCAUCCCUCCCCCGUCCAGGUCAAACACACUCAGACCUCCUGUUUGAUUCCCUCCCUCCAGAUGUGGACAUGGCCUAAUCUAGAAGUUCCUCUGCAGCCUCAGUGAGAUAAAACAGACUGAUAGACGGCAGAAUAAAAGAGAAGACAGACGCAGCGAGGGACUGAAUCUGGAGAGGACGAGCAGAGACUUCAUUUCCCGCCGACAGUCCCCGAAGCUUCACUUCCUCUUUUUUUGAAUUUCUCCCCGGAGCUUUUGUUUUUUUCCGGCUCUCUCGUCCUUGUGGAUCGUAUAUCUGCACCGCCGUCCGUCCAUCCGUCCGUCCGUCUGUCCUGGACCCGCUGAGAUUAAACUGGCUCCCAUCAUCCCAGGGACUCUGUUGAUAUCGGCUGCUGGUGUCGUCAUCUUCAUUCUGUGGCGGUACAGGCAGCCAGCAGACCAUUCUCCAUGAGGAGCAGUGGAAGAUGCCGGCUCUGCCAGCACUGCUGCUGUCGAUUUACGUCGUCGUCCUGCUGCUGACCAUGGCACCGCUCUCCUUCAGCCAGGCCAACACCCUCUCUGCCCUCCGGAUGGCGGCCAUUUUGGAUGACCAGUCAGUGUGUGGUCGCGGUGAGCGUCUGGCGCUGGCUCUGGCGAGGGAGAACAUCAACAGUCUGAUGGAGGGCUCCUCCCAGGCGAGGGUGGAGGUGGACGUCUACGAGCUGCUGAAGGACUCCCAGUACGACACCACCGACACCAUGUGUCAGAUCCUGCCGAAGGGCGUGGUCUCUGUGAUAGGCCCCGCCUCCAGCCCCGCCUCCGGGUCCACCAUCAGCCACAUCUGUGGGGAGAAGGAGAUCCCUCACGUGAAGAUCGGUCCGGAGGAAACCCCGAAGCUGCCCUACCUCCGCUUCGCCUCGGUGACUCUGUACCCGAGUAACGAGGACCUGAGCCUCGCCAUCGGCUCCAUCCUGCGCUCCUUCGGCUACCCGACGACCAGCCUCAUCUGCGCCAAAGCCGAGUGCCUGCUGCGACUGGAGGAGCUGGUCCACCGCUUCCUCAUCUCCAGGGAGACGCUGUCGGUGCGGAUGCUGGACGACAGCCUGGACCCGACCCCCCUGCUGAAGGAGAUCCGUGACGACAAGGUGGCGACCAUCAUCAUCGACGCCAACGCCUCCAUCUCCUACCACAUCCUCAGGAAGGCGAACGAGCUGGGGAUGACAUCAGCCUUCUACAAGUACAUCCUCACCACCAUGGACUUCCCUCUGCUCCGGCUGGAUGACGUGGUGGGCGAUCAGUCGAACAUUGUGGGCUUCUCCAUGCUGAACAGCAGCCAUUCCUUCUACCUGGAGUUCAUCAGGAGCCUGAACCUGUCGUGGAGGGAAGGCUGCGACAUCAGCCCAUACCCAGGACCAGCGCUGUCAUCGGCCUUGAUGUUCGACGCGGUUCAUGUGGUGGUGAGCGCCGUGCGAGAGCUGAACCGCAGUCAGGAGAUCGGCGUGAAGCCGCUGAGCUGCACCUCCCCGCUCAUCUGGCAGCACGGGACCAGCCUCAUGAACUACCUACGCAUGGUGGAGUACGACGGUCUCACCGGUCACAUUGAGUUCAACAGCAAAGGCCAGAGGACCAAUUACACCCUGAAGAUCCUGGAGAAACACCCAGCCGGCCAUAAAGAGAUUGGCAUCUGGUACUCCAACAACACAUUGGCCAUGAACUCCACGUCUCUGGACCUCAAUGCGUCAGAAACGCUGGCUAACAAGACGCUGAUUGUGACCACAAUAUUGGAAAACCCGUACGUGAUGCGUAAGUCCAACUACCAGGACUUCCACGGUAACGACCAGUAUGAGGGGUUCUGUGUGGACAUGCUGCGGGAGCUAGCCGACAUCUUGAAGUUCUCCUUCAGGAUCAAGCUGGUGGACGACGGGUUGUACGGCGCCCCGGAGCCCAACGGCAGCUGGACCGGCAUGGUGGGGGAGCUCAUCAACAGAAAAGCAGACCUGGCGGUCGCCGGCUUCACCAUCACCUCGGAGAGAGAGAAGGUGAUCGACUUCUCCAAACCCUUCAUGACUCUGGGGAUCAGCAUCCUGUACCGGGUCCAUCUGGGUCGUAAACCGGGUUACUUCUCCUUCCUGGACCCGUUCUCUCCGGCUGUCUGGCUCUUCAUGCUGUUGGCCUACCUCGCCGUCAGCUGCGUCCUCUUCCUCGCCGCCAGGCUCAGUCCGUACGAGUGGUACAACCCUCACCCGUGUCUGCGGGAGCGGCGGGAUGUUCUGGAGAACCAGUACACGCUGGGGAACAGCCUGUGGUUCCCGGUGGGCGGCUUCAUGCAGCAGGGCUCGGAGAUCAUGCCCCGGGCUCUGUCCACCCGCUGCGUCAGCGGAGUCUGGUGGGCGUUCACCCUCAUCAUCAUCUCGUCCUACACGGCCAACCUGGCGGCGUUCCUCACCGUCCAGAGGAUGGAGGUUCCCAUCGAGUCUCCGGACGAUCUGGCCGACCAAACCAACAUCCAGUACGGGACGAUCCACGGAGGCUCCACCAUGACCUUCUUCAUGAACUCACGGUACCAGACGUACCAGCGCAUGUGGAACUACAUGUACUCCAAGCAGCCCAGCGUGUUCGUGAAGAGCACCGAGGAGGGCAUCGCUCGAGUCCUCAACUCCAAGUACGCCUUCCUGAUGGAGAGCACCAUGAACGAGUACUACCGCAGCCUCAACUGCAACCUGACGCAGAUCGGAGGCCUGCUGGACACCAAAGGAUACGGCAUCGGCAUGCCUCUGGGCUCUCCGUUCAGAGACGAGAUCACUCUGGGGAUCCUGCAGCUGCAGGAGAGCAACCGGCUGGAGAUCCUGAAGAGACGCUGGUGGGAGGGAGGCCAGUGUCCCAAAGAGGAGGACCACCGGGCCAAAGGUCUCGGCAUGGAGAACAUCGGCGGCAUCUUCGUGGUGCUGAUCUGCGGCCUCAUCAUCGCCGUCUUCGUGGCCAUCAUGGAGUUCGUGUGGUCGACGCGCCGCACCGCCGAGACGGACGAGGUAAACCUUCAUCAUCAUCACCCUCCUCUUCCUCCCUCGUCCUCCUCCUCCUGCCCCGCCCCCGGCCUCAACCUCAGCCCAGACACCUCAGUGUCUGUCUGUCAGGAGAUGCUGACGGAGUUUCGUAACGCCGUCUCCUGUAAGAAGAGUUCUCGCUCUCGGCGCCGCCGGCCUCUGAGCAGCGCUGGAGGUGGAGUCCUGCGUCACCCGUCCCGCCUCGCCCUCGCCGCCCCUCGUCCAAUCCGUCUGGUCCGCGAGAUGCGUCUCAGUAACGGUAAACUGUACAGCGGCGCCGGCCCGCUGACAGGCGGGCUGGCAGGUCAUGGGGGAGGGAUGGGAGGAGGGAUGGGAGGAGGGAUGGGAGGGGGCCCUGAUCUGGGCCCGGGGCCUCAGAGGCUCCUGGAGGACGCGCUGGGCCACAGCACCUCCACCGGCACGCCGCCUCCUCCUCCCGUGUCGGCUCUGGUGGCUCCUCCGGCGCCGCCGCGCAGCUUCCUGCAGGGCUGCAGCCACGUCAGGAUCUGUCAGGAGUGUCGGCGGAUUCAGAGUCUGCGGCCGAACGCUCUCACUCCUCCUCCGCCUCCUCCCCCCUCCUCAUCCUCCUCCGCCUCCUCCUGCUCCCGGGUCCCCGCCUCCGGGCCGACGCCGGGUCACCCCCACCACCGCCACAACCUCCACCACCUACAUUACCACCACGGCUCCAUGUCGCUGCCACGCCUCCCGCCGCCUCCUCCUCCAAUCCCAGCAGACAGAGCCGACAGUGACGGAGGCGGGGGGGCGGGGAGUCCACGGCCGGCCGGUACCAAACCGAUGCCCCCGCCACGACCGAUGCCUCCGCCCAAGACGCCGACGCGGCCGCCGACAGACUUACUGGGCGGGCAGGACUGAGCGGAGCGUCAUCAGAGGGGUCAAAGGUCGUGGUCAUAAACCCUCAGCGAACUGGAUCAGUCCAAAGCGGCCUGUCAGCAGGGGUGGGUGGGAGGAACCAUUCUGACUCGCAGGGUCGCUCAUUAAAAGCCACUUCGGCUCAGUGGAUCAUACCAGUGACCUCCAGCAGGGGCGGCCCGGCUCAGCCGCUCUGAUUGGACCUUUUGGAUGAAACCAGCUGACGUGUUCGCAGGACAAACAGGAAGUGCCUGCCAAACGGACGCCAUCCUGAGGGCGCCGCACUCGGUCCUCCGCCUCUUGCCUCAGCCAAUCACAACGCUCCGUGCCAAGCGAGGAGGAGGAGUCAGAGAGACAGGCUGCGUUCACCAGCGCUCUGAGGUUUUACUGUUUGAAUACUGAACCAGGUGUUUGUAUAGAAGGAGACCACACACACACACACACACACACACACACACACACACACACUCAGUAGCAGAGCAGCUGUACAGUUAUCAGUCGUCUCUGGAGGAUGUAGCUCUUCACAACCGUGUUGCUGUUUUGUGCAGAAAACCUGCUGACCAAAAAAAAAAAACUGACCAAUCAGAGCUCAGAUCCACAGAGCAGAGACACAGGUGCAUCAACACUCACCUGUCAGGUACGAGGCAGUGUGCACAGAUUUGUGAUAUCCAGCCAUCCUCUCCUCCUCCUGCUGGAUGGUAGUUUUGGGUGAACUGUUCCUUUAACAGUGACACUUCUGUGCAGAAAUGAUUAGCUGAGGUCGUCUUGAUUUUCUCACCGCAGAUUUAUAUUUUAUCAAAGCCUUCCUUUGUCAGAUUUACUCUUCUAACGUAAGUUUUUCUUCAAGCGUUCAAACCGACAAACUACCGUGACAAUAUCAAGAGUCGGCCAUCUUUAAAUUCUUUAGUUUUUACUUGUGAAACGAGUCGUGUAGUUUAAACACUGCGAGUUCUUGCUUUGUUAAAGAGAGUCAAACAUCAGUUUCAGCCUCUAACGAGUUUCAUACAGUCGGCACAGGUGAGUGUUGAAGCUGUUCACACACACACACACACACACACAUGCACACACACACACACAGGUAAAAACUAAAUUUGUGAUUGUACUUCCUUCCUGUCAGCGUGUCCAGUUUGAGUGUCGCUGCUCCUUUUUCGUUCUUUCUUUACUAUUUUUUUUUUCCUCUUGGUGACCUCGAGUCCUUUUACAUGGUUGCUAUGAUGAUACAAGACACACACACAAAAAAAAAAAACGUACCUGUCCACCAAUCACAUGGUUCGAUUUGCUCAACAUAAGUGCUGGUAUUGAAGUAUUGAUUCUUAAUUGCUUUGCAAAAUGUGAAUCACAUUUUUUAUUCAAAGACUUUGGAAACAUUGUUAAGUUGACGAGCAGUGCCUGUAGAUUAUUAUUAUUAUUAUUAUUAUUAUUAUUAUUAUUAUUAUUAUUAUUAUUUUGUUAUGUUUGCAGAGAAACUGUUUGAAUAAAAUGAGCCAGCAGCAUCCGAGACGAAGAAAUAGAUUCUGAAAAUGAGAACGCACCGAAUGUGUGUGUGUGCGUGUGUGUGUGUGCGUGUGUGCAUGUGUCUGUGUGCGCACGUGUUUGUGUGUAUGUGCGUGUGCGUGUGUGCGUGUGUGUGUGUCAUCACACUGUCAGCUGUUUUAUUUCCUCCUCGUACCAGCAGCUCAUCAGCAGGACACAGUGGACAGCUGGAUAUUAUUCUGAUGAUUCUCUUGUUAUCAUUAUUAUUGAUAAUUGAUCAUUGAUAUUGACGUGUGCGGUGACUGUAGGAGGGAUCCGCCCUCUGAUGUUCGAUAUAUAGACACACGUUUGGAAUAAAAAAAAUACA